UCAGUGGGAAGAGAGAAUGGUGACUGUGUCUACAGCUUCACCUUGCCAUACAGGGUCCUCAGCUUGAGACCAAGAAUGGGCAACAUGGAAACCAAUGAGUUGCUUCUAGGAAUGACUUUCUUCUCUCUGACUAUAAGUGGAGUUCUAGGGAAUUUUAUUCUUCUAUACCACUAUAUAUAUAUUUACCUAACAAGAUAUAGGUUAAGGUCUACUGAAUGGAUUCUGAUGCACUUGAUUGUAGCCAAUAUCUUAACUGUACUGUGUAAAGGUGUGCCCAAGACAAUAUCCUUUUUUGGGUUUAAAGACAUUUUCAAUGAUAUUGGAUGCAAAUUAGUUCCUUCUAUACACAGAGUAGCUAGGGGUGCUUGUAUUGGCAGCACCUCUUUUCUUAGUGUGUUUCAGGCUGUAAUCAUCAGCUACAGGAAAUCCAGGUAUUCAUAUUUUAUGGUAAGAACACACAAGUGCAUUUGUUUCUCCUUGUACCUCAACUUGGUAGUUCAUUUAUUUAUAAGCAGCAUAUUUUUUGUCCACAUGAGGGCAAAACAUGACAAUGAAAGCACCACAAACCGUAAAGCUUUUAUAUACUGCUCUUCUGUCCGGCAAGAUCCAACCAGUGACAUCCUUAAUGCACUAUUACUAUCAGGUCCUGAUAUAGUUUUGCUGGGGCUCAUGCUAUGGGCCAGUGGCUCCAUGGUUCUCACACUGUACAGGCACAAGCAGAUGAUGAAAUACAUGUCAAGAACCAAUGUUUCUUCUGGAUCCUCCCCUGAGUCCAGAGCCACUAAAACCAUCCUUCUCCUGGUCAGUACUUUUGUCUCCUUUUACACAAUUUCUUCCCUUUGUCAAUCAUUUGUAUCCAUCACGUAUAAUCCCAGCUGGUCUCUGGUAAAUUUUUCUGAAAUGUCCGCUCUGCUUUUCCCCACUGUUUGUCCCUUUCUUCUCAUGAGCCAAGAGUAUUGGGCAUCCAGUUACUUGAAAAGGAAUAGACACUUCCCCAAGCCUUCUGACCAAGAACAGAAUUGA